CGCCGCCCGUUCGGCGCGUCAGUCGGCGAGAGAGUCCGGUGGUGGGUGCGGAGCCCGAGGCCGUUCCCGCGGCUUCCUCUUCCUCUCCGUUUUCCUCGUCCCUACCCCCUCACCCUUCGUUCCCCCCAUCCCGGCUCGGUCACCCUCCCGCCCCCCACACUCAGGACGAGAAUGCCCUGCCCGGAACAACCCAGCAGCACCUAGAUGGCUUUGGUCACGGUCCAGCGGUCGCCUACCCCCAGCACCACCUCCAGCCCCUGCGCCUCGAGCUCUUAUUUGGAAGACAGUGAAUCAGCAGCAUUACUUUGCUGUGAAUGUGGAGAAUCAGAAAUCUUUAGUGAUUUCAAUGAGGCCGACAGUGGGGAGGAGGAAUGCCGGUCACAGCCCAGAAGCAUCAGCGAGAGCUUCUUAACUGUCAAAGGUGCUGCCCUUUUUCUACCACGAGGGAAUGGCUCAUCUACACCAAGAGUCAGCCACAGACGCAACAAGCAUGCAGGCGAUCUCCAACAGCAUCUUCAAGCAAUGUUCAUAUUACUCCGCCCAGAAGACAACAUAAGGCUGGCUGUAAGACUGGAAAGUACUUAUCAAAAUCGAACACGCUAUAUGGUCGUGGUUUCAACUAAUGGUAGACAAGACACUGAAGAAAGCAUUGUCCUGGGAAUGGAUUUUUCUUCUAAUGACAGCAGCACUUGUACCAUGGGCUUGGUCUUGCCUCUCUGGAGUGACACCCUAAUUCAUUUGGAUGGUGAUGGUGGGUUCAGCGUAUCAACAGAUAACAGAGUUCACAUAUUCAAGCCUGUAUCUGUGCAAGCAAUGUGGUCUGCACUACAGAGUUUGCACAAGGCUUGUGAAGUGGCCAGAAUGCAUAACUACUAUCCAGGCAGUCUUUUUCUCACGUGGGUGAGUUAUUACGAGAGCCAUAUCAACUCAGAUCAGUCCUCAGUCAAUGAAUGGAACGCUAUGCAGGAUGUGCAGUCGCAUCGGCCUGACUCUCCAGCCCUCUUCACGGACAUACCAACUGAACGUGAGCGAACAGAAAGGCUUAUUAAGACUAAAUUAAGGGAGAUUAUGAUGCAAAAGGAUUUGGAGAAUAUCACCUCCAAAGAGAUACGCACAGAGUUGGAAAUGCAGAUGGUGUGCAACUUGCGAGAAUUUAAGGAAUUCAUAGAUAAUGAAAUGAUUGUGAUCCUUGGUCAGAUGGACAGUCCCACACAGAUAUUUGAGCAUGUAUUCCUGGGUUCAGAAUGGAAUGCCUCGAACUUAGAGGACUUGCAGAACCGAGGGGUACGGUAUAUCUUGAAUGUCACUCGAGAGAUAGAUAACUUCUUCCCUGGAGUCUUUGAGUAUCAUAACAUUCGAGUAUAUGAUGAAGAAGCAACAGAUCUCCUGGCUUACUGGAAUGACACUUACAAAUUCAUCUCUAAAGCAAAGAAACAUGGAUCUAAAUGUCUUGUGCACUGCAAAAUGGGGGUGAGUCGCUCAGCCUCCACUGUGAUUGCCUAUGCAAUGAAGGAGUAUGGAUGGAAUCUGGAUCGAGCCUAUGACUAUGUAAAGGAAAGACGAACGGUGACCAAGCCUAACCCCAGCUUCAUGAGACAACUGGAAGAAUACCAAGGGAUCUUGCUGGCCAGCAAACAGCGGCAUAACAAACUCUGGAGAUCUCAUUCAGAUAGUGACCUUUCAGACCACCACGAACCCAUCUGUAAACCUGGGCUCGAGCUCAACAAGAAGGAGAUGACCACGUCAGCAGACCAAAUCGCUGAGGUGAAGACUGUGGAGAACCUUGCAGCCAUGCCUACUGUCUUUAUGGAGCAUGUGGUCCCACAAGAUGCAAAUCAGAAAGGACUGCACACCAAAGAAAGAGUUAUCUGCUUGGGGUUUUCUUCACAAGAGUUUCAUGCCGGACAGAUUGAAGAUGAAUUAAAUUUAAAUGACAUCAAUGGAUGCUCAUCAGAGUGUUGUCUCAGUGAGUCGAAAUUCCCUCUUGACAACUGCCAUGCAUCUAAAGCCUUACUCCAACCUGGACAGGCCCCAGACAUUGCCAACAAGUUCCCAGACUUAGCAGUGGAAGAUUUAGAGACAGACGCACUGAAAGCAGACAUGAAUGUCCACUUACUGCCAAUGGAAGAGUUGACAUCUCGACUGAAAGACCUCCCCAUGUCACCUGAUCUGGAGUCACCAAGCCCCCAAGCCAGUUGCCAAGCUGCCAUCUCUGAUUUUAGUACAGAUCGUAUUGAUUUUUUUAGUGCCCUAGAGAAAUUUGUAGAGCUUUCUCAAGAAACCCGGUCUCGGUCUUUUUCUCACUCAAGGAUAGAAGAAUUAGGUGGAGGAAGGAGUGAGGGUUGUCGUUUGUCAGUGAUAGAAGUAGCACCUUCAGAAAUGGCAGCUGAUGACCAGAGAAGCAGCUCUUUGAGUAAUACUCCCCAUGCCUCAGAAGAGUCUUCUGUGGAUGAGGACCAUUCAAAGGCAAUCACAGAACUUGUCAGCCCAGACAUCAUCAUGCAGUCUCACUCAGAAAAUGCAAUUUCAGUCAAAGAAAUUGUGACUGAAAUUGAGUCCAUUAGUCAAGGAGUUGGGCAGGUUCAGUUAAAAGGAGACAUCCUCUCUAACCCAUGCCACACACCAAAGAAGAGCACCAUUCAUGAGCUGCCCCUGGAGAGGGUGCCAGCCCCUGAGAACAAACCUGGACAUUGGGAGCAGGAUGAGAGUUUCUGUAGUGUCCAGCCAGAACUAGCUAGAGACUCGGAGAAGUGUGCCCCAGAAGAAGGCUGUAUGACCACACACUCACCCACAGUAGACUUGGAAGAAGAAGAACCAAUUGAGGGGGAACAUGACUGGGGCCCAGGGAUGCACCCUGGUGCCAAGUGGUGCCCUGGGUCUGUGAGGCGAGCCACCCUGGAGUUUGAAGAGCGCUUGCGACAAGAGCAAGAGAACCAUGGUACAGCCUCUGCAGGUCCCACAUUAUCCAGUCGCAAAAACUCUAAGAAUGAUUCUUCUGUGGCAGACUUAAUGCCAAAAUGGAAAAGUGAUGAAACUACCCCAGAACAUUCAUUUUUCCUCAAAGACGCCGAGCCAAGCAAGGGUAAAGGGAAAUGCAGUGGUUCCGAAGCCGGAUCACUAUCCCACUGUGAGCAUAAUCCCACCAUUCCAGACUGUGAGCUGCUGGAGCAUCAUUCCUUGCCAGCUCCUCAGGACUGCCUAGGGUCAGAUAGUAGAAGUAAGAAGCAGGAAGGAGACCUGAAGAAGCAGAGGACUGUGGUUCCAACCCAGGAAUGUGAGACACAGGCCAUCCUUCUUCCCCUUCCCAAGAAAAUAGAAAUCAUUGAGUAUACACCAACAGUUACAUCACUGGAUCACACUGAGCAAGGAAGUGAGGCGACACCCAGCAAAGAGGAUGAGAAACAAGAACUGAGGAAAGUGAAGAUGGAGAAGUCUAUCACUAUGUUUUGUGCUCUGGAUGAAAAUCUGAACAGGACUCUGGACCCCAGUCAAGUUUCUCUGCAUCCCCAAGUGCUACCUCUGCCUCAUUCUUCCUCUGAGUGUGACAGGCCCGCUGACCCAAACCCUGUGUUAAGUAGCCCUCAAGACAAAGGGGACUGCCCAUCCACACCCUUCAAGACAGCAGCACCUUUUGUCAGUUGCAGUACCCAGGGAGCAUCUUUCAGCUUGGAUUAUUUGCUUCCCCAUUCUGUGGUUCACUUAGAAGGCUGCACAGAGCAAAGCAGUACCACAGACAGUGGACUGUCUUCAGAGCAGGUUAGCUGGGAGGACAGCCGGGGGCAUUUCCUUUCCAGUGGUAGUGGAAUGGCACACGCAUCCUCCCCAUUAACUAAUGAAGACCUAAGUUUAAUUAACAAACUUUGUGACAAUGUUGGCGUGUUACAGAAAAAACUGGACCCAUCACCCGAAGCCUGUCGAAUCCCACAUAGCUCUAGUAGUGAAAAUAUAAGAGAUCUCAGCCACGGCCCUGGUGUGGUGAAGGAGCACGCUAAAGAAAUUGAGUCUCGAGUGAUCUUCCAGGCAGGGUUUUCCAGAACAUCACCAAUGAGGCGCUCAGCAUCCCUUGCCAAGUUGGGUUACCUAGACCUUUGUAAAGACUACUUACCAGAUAGAGAGCUUGUCUCCUCAGAAUCCCCUCAUCUCAAAUUGCUUCAGCCCUUCCUCAGAACAGACUCCGGCAUGCAUGCCCUGAUGGCCCAUGAGCCCUCAGAAAGCCCAGGUGCCCACCAGAACCCACAGCCCACCAAGUAUUCUGUAGAGCAACUCAAAACAUCAGAGUGUAUUGUGCAGAGCAAACCAGUGGAGAGGCCCAGUGUGCAGUAUGCCAAAGAGUUUGGUUACAGUCAGCAGUGUUUGCUCCCUAAGGCAAGACCAGACUUGACUAGUUCUGAAGGAGGCCUGCCUUUGCUACAGACACAGGGUCUGCAGUAUACAGGCCCCUCUCCAGGGCUGGCUGUGGCGCCCCGUCAACAACAUGGCAGAACUCACCCCCUUAGGAGACUGAAAAGAGCAAAUGAUAAAAAACGGACAACCAACCCCUUCUAUAACACCAUGUGAUACUGAGCCCACACACAUGAUUUUCUAAGAAAAUGUUUGUUAAAAAGGUGGUGUAAUAUGUAAGGAACAUGCACUUUAUUGGUUAUUUUUAUAAUAUUUUUGGUCAUUUUACUGUUCCUGGCUCAUGCAGGGUUUGGGUUUUUCCAUGUGUGUAUGUGCAUGUAUGUGUGUGUGUGUGUGUGUGUGUGUGUGUGUGUGUGUGUGUGUGUACUGAU